GUCCAGAUGACGAUAUUGUCAAAAUAUUUAGUGUAAAAUUACUCCAAGCUUCGUAAAAUUUUCAUCGUUGACUAUAGUUAACUAAUUGCAGCUCCCUAAUAAAGUUCGAAUAUAAGCUGUACGUGUGGGUGUGUAAUUUUAUAAGAACUUGGUGAUUUUUACUACAUAAAUCAAAAAAUAAAAAUGAUUCUAAUUUACUGAAGUUUUAUUUUAACUCUGGAUCUGUGACGUGACACUGCAGUUGGCCAAUUGUCUAGAGUUUUAAGUGUAAACUAGGUUCUUGAAAUCAUGCAUGAAAGGUGACUAGAAAUUGUUGGAAACAAAAAUGAACUCAUUAAUGAGAUGUCCUGGCCUAUACUGUGGUCGUGAACAACUGUCUGAUGGGAAUUGGACAGAGUGUGGGGCAUGUCCCAGAGGCUUCAGGACAAAUGCUUCAUCAGCUUGUUUUCCUUGCGAAGACGUGCCAAUGUUCUAUGACUGGCUGUAUCUCGGUUUCAUGGCACUGUUUGCUUUGGUACUGCACUGGUUUUCCAUUGACCAGGUGACAAUGAGAAGUAGUAUUCCAAAGGAAGUCAUAGCACUACACCUGUCCGCUUUAUUCGAGAUACUCGCUGCAUCCGUCGUUACUCUUUAUUUGACAGAGCCAAUUGGGUCAUUUACCAUUAAUUCCUGUAAAGUUAGAAGGCUGUCAGAUUGGUACACACUUCUGCAUAACCCCAGCCCUAAUUAUGAAACUACGUUACACUGUACGCAUGAGGCUGUGUAUCCAUUGUAUACUAUGAUAUUUGUUUUUUAUGCAUUUGCUGUAACGAUAAUGCUGGUAGUGAGACCUUUGAUAGCACAAAAAUGUUUGCCAAAAAAGGGAAAAUUUUCAAUAUAUGCUGCUCUUUAUUUUUUCCCAAUUCUGGCUUUGUUACAUGCCGUUGGAAGUGGACUGAUUUAUUAUGCCUUUCCAUACAUAACAAUCGUUUUAUCAGCUAUUUCCAGUGCUGCACAUUUUGCCUUUAAAUUAAACCAGACUAUGAAGUCUUUACUCUUAAGUUCAAUUUUAGACAUAAAAAAUGUCAUUGUGAUUUUGGGACAUUGGCUGUUACAUGGCUAUGGGAUAGUAGCUAUAGCCACUGAACGUGGCUCAUAUCUUCAUCCAGCAAUGUUGGCUCUAGUGCCAUUGCCAGCGAUAUUUUAUAUCCUUACUGCUCGAUUUACAGACCCUCAUAAGCUUCACUUUGAACCAUUCAUAUGAACUUGAGAGUAGAAUGAAAAGCUAGUAUUUGUAAAAAUCGUGUACAUACUUAUUAAGGUGAAUGCAAAUAUUUUUCUUAAUACUUGUAGCAUACUUUGCCAGGACAAAAAGAUAACGAACCUAAGGGCUCAUUGUAAUUACCGUGGUUAUAAUGUAUGCACGCCAAUAUUAGACACUACUUUUUUUAACGAGGGUAUAGCUAAUCUUUAAUGCAACGCCCAAGUAAAGAAAAGUAAGUUCAAUAAAUUUUCUUUUCGUAAAAAUAAAAUCUAUUUUAGUGUAUAAACCAUGUAAAAA